CUCAGUGCAGUGGGGUUGAUGAUCGGAUUUUCGUCUCGUUCUCUGUGUUGUUGUUCUCGGUGACGCGACGGAGGUGUAGCCUGACGCGGUCUCUUACGUGUCGGCCUGAAUAAAAGUGGAGCUCCGAGGGCUCGAGAGUGACGGAGGGAGUCUGUAUCGAUUUCCACAGUAGAAGGGAGUGAGGACCUAACGGAGUCAGUGGACGGUGUGAAGAUUCUGCCUAGGUUCCCCUCUUAUAGCUAACUCAAUGACCAUGGAGUCGGGAGCCGAUGCCCAGCAGGGUGCAGACACUGCGGUCUCUGAAAAUGAGAACCAACAGCUCACACAGGCCCAAAUCGCCACUCUUGCACAGGUAACGAUGGCUGCCGGACAUGCAAGUGCCACAGGGCCUACUGUCACCCUGGUGCAGCUGCCCAAUGGUCAGACAGUGCAGGUCCACGGAGUUAUCCAGGCAGCUCAACCUUCAGUCAUUCAGUCACCACAGGUGCAAACUGUCCAGAUUUCUACAGUAGCGGAGAGUGAGGACUCACAGGAGUCAGUGGACAGUGUGACCGACUCUCAAAAACGAAGAGAGAUCCUUUCUAGACGCCCCUCAUAUAGGAAAAUCCUGAAUGACCUGUCAUCAGACGCUCCAGGAGUUCCGAGAAUCGAAGAAGAGAAAUCUGAGGAGGACACUGCGCCUGCCAUCACUACAGUGACAGUGCCAACCCCAAUAUAUCAGACCAGCAGCGGCCAGUACAUCGCCAUUACACAGGGUGGAGCCAUUCAGCUUGCAAAUAAUGGCACAGAUGGAGUGCAGGGAUUGCAGACUCUCACCAUGACAAAUGCAGCAGCAGCCCAGCCAGGGACCACCAUCUUGCAGUACGCCCAGACCAGUGAUGGUCAGCAGAUACUGGUGCCCAGCAAUCAAGUAGUGGUACAAGCUGCUUCUGGAGAUGUGCAGGCCUAUCAAAUUCGUACUGCCCCAACCAGCACAAUUGCUCCAGGUGUGGUCAUGGCAUCCUCCCCGGCCCUGCCAAGCCAAGGUGGUGCUGAAGAGGCCACGCGCAAAAGGGAAGUCCGCCUCAUGAAAAACAGAGAGGCUGCUCGUGAGUGCCGUCGGAAGAAAAAGGAAUAUGUCAAGUGUCUGGAGAACCGUGUGGCCGUUUUGGAGAACCAGAACAAAACACUCAUCGAGGAGCUCAAGGCACUCAAAGACCUGUACUGUCACAAAUCAGAGUGAUGUACACAUGUUCCGGCGGACUUACGUGUACAGAGACUAAAGGGCAAAUCAGCCCGACACGGACGCAUGUUUUCUAAAUGUUUUCUUAUUUUAAAAUUGCUGCAGACUGCCUGUAUGAACACACAAGUAUGUGAGGGAACUGAACAGAAGCCCCCUGGCCAACACAAAUCUCUUCUAGAAAUAUUGGAUCAUGUCAUUAUAGACAAAAAAUGCUGAAAACUUUACUGUGGACUUAAACACAGAAGCACGUUCUCGGCCAUCUUUACUCCUGGACUCAAACCGAAACUCAGAGGAGGGGUUUGUAGGAAAAUGUUUACCUUUUUUCCAGUGUGCUGUUGUAUAAGUCAUCAAUAACUUUUAAAAGAGUUACAAAUAAUGUAAAAUAAUAAUAAUAAUUUAACUGACAUUUCAGUAGUAUGGUAGACAUCAUUAAGAAAGAUUUUCUCUUGGAGUUGGCAUCAUUCCCUCUUUAGAUUCAAAAAGUUUAACGUGUCUGACUGUUACUUUUAUUUGGUGUAUAGUGCUCUUGUGUUUUAAGUUGACGUUUUUUACAUUUACUUAUGAACAAACUAUAUACAAAUAUGAAUAUUGAUUUACAGAAUCUAUGCCAUUUAUAAACUGAAAUAUCGUGUAUCAUAUACAGAACAAGAUUAUAUCCCGUGUACAUUUCAAUUUUGACAUUUUGCUCAUUUCAGAAGACAAAAAAAUGUACCUAAAUGAUUUAUUUGCUUAAAAUCCUGCCUUUGCAGUAGCAACAGUUGCACAAACACAAAAUAAAACGGUUGUUUUAUUGCUGACAUUAGGUCACUGAUACACCAAAAUUAAGUCAGAAGUUACGCACAGUCGUAAAUUUGAAAUAUUUACCAGGUUCAAACAUUUCUUCACAUUUAUGUUGCUCAGAUUCGGCAGAUCACUUUUGUGUUAAGCUUGUAUAUCAUAGAGCUAUAACUGGAUGAAAUACAGUCCAAUACAUUCUAUCUCUGGCAUUAUAGGCCAAAGCAUGUUUUAUCAAUAUUACAUAUUUGGCUUUGAUAACGUUAUAUGGUCAAUUUUUUUUUUUUUUUUCAACACUAUGAACGUGGAGGCGGUGUCUUUGUAUUUGAUAACACAAGUAAAGAGUACAUGUUAUCAAUCUAUUAUGGCAUAUGCAUUUUGGCAGCUAUUUCAUAAAAAAAGACAUGUUUAAAGGAUUUCUCUUGUUUCAUUUUUCCUUUUUGUAUACAUUCUGUUGCUUCUGAAAGUUCAAGAAACAACUGAACAGUUGGUAACUUAAGUUACAGCUUGCCUUUAUCAACAUUAGUUGUAUUUUGUUUACAGAGUUGUCUCAUUUGACCCAAACUUUUAAAGUUUUUGAUGAAUAAUGUUUUUUUUUUUAUUUUUUUUUUUUAAAUCAGGUAAUUAUUGGACUUUUAACCAGCUCAUGGUUUCACAUGUUGGUUGGAGAAUGACAUUUUGCAUGUUCUCUGCAUUGAGGACUGAAAGUUUUAAAUGAGAUGUUAGCAGACUGAAUUAAAAAUGCCCGUCAACAAUUCCAGUGUGUUCCGAAAUGUACCUUUUGUCAUCUGUUGGCGAGUGCAUCAUCUGCUGCUACUCUUAAAUGUCGAACCGUCUGCCUGACGUGUCAUUUACGUGCUCAAGCGUGACAAAUUAGGGAAGCAAUCUCUCCACAGCAGGCACUCAAGGUCCAGAUCUGCAGUCUAACUGCUUAUGCAAGCUGACAUGCAACCUGAUUUCCCUUACAAAACCAAUUAUUUUCCGACACAAGAAUCUCUUCGAAGGACAGACUGACCUCAGCUUUCAGAGAAAUGCAAAUUCUGUCUGUCUCCAGUGAUAGAAUCUUUAUUUAUUUUUCUGAACCAACAUGAAUAGAACUUUUUUUUCCCUCUUGUAUGUACCCUGUAUGCAAUGAGAUUGAUCUACUGCCAUGCUGGCCAAAGUGAACUCUGAAAUAUGCGAAUAUGCGUGUUUGCCUUCAUGCAUACAAAAGACCAAUCAAUUUAAAGCAAUGUUUGAUUCCACUCAUUUUGGACAAACACAUCAUGCACUUUUUUGUAUGAUAGCUUUCACCUUUUGGACACUAUGUACAAUAACCGUUAGGAUUUUAUAGUGUUUCAAAAGUUUAGAAGUGUAUUGUAUAUACUCUGUGACUUGGCUUACAUUUUUAGAAGCUUUGCACUCUAUUACUAUAUAAUUGUGUAUACUUGUUGUUGUUCCCCCACCUCCCUUUUGUACACAAAUGUAAAUCUUUAAUAAAAUACUAAUACUGCA